GCUCCUAAUGACGAACACUACUCUCUUCUUCUUCCUCAUCCUACUCUACCUCUCUACCUCCUCUCCCUCUCUCACAGACACUAGUGUCUCUAUGGUAUAUGGCAGGCUACAGUUAUUACAGGCCACAACACAGUAGACCUACAGGGGUGGACACGCGACAGCACACAGCCAGAGAGAAAGGACCAGGGGCACAGUGUCAUGGACGAGGACGAGGAGUACUCCAGCAUGCAUGCUAAACAGUUGGAGAAGAAGGAGGCAGAGAUGAUAGCACUGGACACUUUUUUCAAGGAGCAGUUGAUACAUCUGGAGCAGAGGGUUUCUCCACAUCUGUCCAACUACAGCCAACCUGACCGUCUAUGGAUGGUUGUUGAACGAAUCGGCCAGAAUUUGGAUCGAUACAAGAAAACCAAGAAACAGUUCUACGACCAAGCCACAAAAUCCGAAGCUCUUGUAAAAGCGAGGAACACAGAGUCUGUGUGCAUCAACCUGCAGUCCCAGAUCCUCAACUGCUACAAGGAGAACCGGGAGCAGACACUGCAAUGCUCUGACCUGGCCAAAACGUACAUGCAGUGCAUUGACGCAGCCACGAAGAACCUGCUGGUAAACCAUGGAUGAAGAGCAAUGGAGAAGAGCAGUGGAAAAUACUAAAACUAAUGUCCAGGAACAGUUUUACUGAAGCACAAAGAUUGGCAGUUCCAAACGUAUCACUCAUUCUUAUUUAGGGGCAACCGGCUGCUUUGGUGUUAGCAACAUGUCUUUUAUACAUUGUUUUAAGCAGACACUAUUGUACAUUUUACAGGGUACAACAGAUAUUUGAAAGAGGAUUGACUGACUAAAGAUGGUUUUAAGUCGUAUAUACAGUACCGGUCAAAGGUUUGGACACACCUACUCAUUCAAGGGUUUUUCUUUAUUUUUACUAUUUUCUACAU